AAGAUGACAAUUAGGGGUAUAAUAUAUCACUACAAUGGCAUAUAUUUUGUACAGGAAGCCGAGUACCACUGCUACACAGAAAGCCUAAGCACUGGACAAGAACUUGUGCAUGAAAUACCCUCUGACAACGAUUCCUACAAAGUGUGGCUCAAGGGUAGAAGGGCUUUCUAUAGAUGUGAACUGGAAAGGAUUAAGAAGCUGGAAGAAGAAAACGAACAUCUCGACGAAGACGAGGGCGAUUACGAUCCUUAUGUUUUCAGGCCAACCACAGAAUUUUUUCAGGUGGCACUAGACUGCAAUUAUGACUAUAUUAUUGACUUCACUACGGAACGGUUCUGCGUCGGCAAAGCAGAGUUUCCUCUUUGGAACAUUCCACGAGGCGAUAACGGCAGAGACUGGUCACAGUACAUACUUAUUGAUGGACUACAUAGAUCUGUCUUGCGACCUGACACACCAAAACAAUAUCGAGUUCUGAUUGAGCCCAGCCCUCCCUCGGAAGUCGGGCUCGCUGUUUACCGGGUAUUGGUGCAUCACGUUGAAAUAGUCGCCGAAUCCGUUUGGAUGACUUGCAGUACCGAUCAUCCGACGCUCGGCAUUGCGUCUGCUAUUACUCGCGGUCUCAUGAUGUAUCACAAUAGCAAAAUCACUGCUAUUGGGUCGAAUCGUGACGGAAACGAGUCACUCCACCCCUACGCUGAGCUUCUGCUACGUGCUGCGUCUCCUAGUGGAUUUAUUCUUGAUUUUCAACAGGGUAGGCAUCGUAAUGCCUGUAAUGACAAGGGUGAUGAGAGUCAGAGUCGGAAUCAGAGUCGGAAUCAGAGUGACGAAGAUGGAGAUGACGAGACCAAUCACGAUACUGGAAAGCCGUCGUGCACCUUCUAUAUGUACCGGGGCUGUAUGGUGUUCGUUACGGAAGAUUGCUCAACCCCUGACCAUUUACGAGCUAAUAUUGGCCUCGCCAUCGGACACGCACGUGAAACGGGAAAGAACAACUGCACCGUCAUCAUAUUUUCUAUUCGGCACGUCGCUGUAGCAAUUUUAAAUGGUGUUGUCUCGGGCACGUUGCACAUCUCUCACACCAAUGUGCAACCUUUCUUAGAGGGAUUUGGUUAUGGAGGACUCGAAAGAGGGCUGAACCUUAUUGCUCAUUAUUUGAGACCCCAUUGUGUCGAUGGAGGAGUUUUCAGGCAUACCUUAUCCGAACGGAAUUCGCCUGAUUGGAAUUGCCCUGUCCUCCCUCUAGAUGUUCUUCUCCGAAUAAUGGAGUUGGUCGAUUCUGAUACGUAUGCAGUGUUCAGUCUGGUAUGCAAGAUGCUCCGGAAAGAAUGGUUUGAACACCCGCGAAUCUCAAAUUACAGGAUAGUCUCCUGCAGAGCAUUUCAAAUGGACACCUUCAAGGACCUUCCCAGAUUAAAGCUAUCCGCUCUACGAAGUGACGGGACGGUUACCACUCUGAUCAUCUUCUAUCCAGCUUUUCGCUUCUAUGGCACCUGCACGUAUAGAUGGUCCUGCUGUUCGUGUCCUGAUCUGUGUGUUGGUAUGAAGUGCAUAUCUCGUAUGUUUCUGUACUAUCUGCCUGAGAGUGUUGGGUUGUCUCGAGACGUAGAGGCGCGUCGCAGGGGAGUCGCUGAAUCUUGGCAAGAGGAUUACUUUCCAGGAAGAGAAGCUUGGAGAACAAACCAUUCAGGCCUUGUUGCUAUGGAUGCUAGUAAUGUUUGCGAGGCCUGCAAAACUCACUUUGAUAUGCUAGGGUUGUAGAAUCACAAAUUCGACACCUAGAUAUCCAUAAAACACAAGUAUUAGGUUUAAUAACAAA